AUGGGCGUAUCGUCCUUAGCCGCCCCACCUCCCACAUCGAUGUCUCGAGCUCCUCCUAUGCACCCCUGCCUCACGCGUUCAGUUCCCCAUGCGCCGCCCCUACCCUCCCCUGCCUCCUUCCCCCUCACCCCGCCCUCUCUCCCCUCCCCGCCUUCCCCUCUCCCCAUGCCCGUGUUCGCCACGCUCCCGCAGGUCGCGUCGUGCCUCUUUCUCGUCCGGGCCGUGCACUACCCCGCGCCGCAGGUGCACUUUCCUGGGUCUCAGGUGUUCCAUACACUGCACCAGGUGGUCAAAGCAUGUGCAUCAGGUGCUUUACCGUGUUCCCGAGGGGGACAUGCGCCUAACACGUCCUCUCCUCUCUCAUCCCGUCCUCCCCUCUCUCAUCCCCCCCUCCGCUCUCUCAUCCCCUCCUUCCCAAUACUCAGCCCCUCCUCCCAUCGCUCCUCCCCUCCUUCCUUCUCUCAUCCCCUCCUUCCUUCUCUCAUCCCCUCCUUCCUUCUCUCAUCCCCUCCUUCCUUCUCUCAUCGCUCCUCCCAUCUCACCAUCUCUCAUCCCGUCCUCCACUCUCCCAUUCCCACCCUCCUUCUCUCAUCCCCGCCUACCCUCGAUCCUCCACUCCGUCCUUCUCUCAUCCCGUCCUUCCCUCUAUCAUCCCAUCCCUCCUCUCAUCCCCUCCUUCCCUCACUCAUCCCCUCCUCCCAUCGCUCCUCCCCACUUUCCAUCUCACAUACCCUCCCCCCUUUCCCCAGGUCGCUCCUCCCCUUUCCCCCAGGUCGCACCUCCCCUUCCCUCCUUCCUCCAGGUCGCUCCUCCCUUUUCCCCCAGGUAGCACCUCCCCUUCCCCCCAGGUCGCACCUCCCUUCCCCCUUUUCCCCAGGUCGCACCUCCCUUCCCCCUUUUCCCCAGGUAGCACCUCCCCUUCCCCCCAGGUCGCACCUCCCUUCCCCCUUUUCCCCAGGUCGCACCUCCCCUUCCCCUCUUUCCCCCAGGUCGAUUUUCCCCUUUCCCCCAGGUCGCACCUCCUCUUUCCCCCAGGUCGCACUUCCCUCCCCCCUUUCCCCGAGGUCGCACCUCCCCUUCCUCCCUCAACGCUCCUCCCCUUUCCCCCAGGUCGCUCCUCCCCUUCCAACCAGCUCGCACCUCCCUGUUCCCCUUCACAGAGCACCUUCUCACUCUUUCACAAUGCACUACCCCUCCCCUCCCUUUGCUUCCAUUCCCCUCAAAUCGCUUCUAUGCCCCUCUUCUCCCUCCCCUUUCCUUCCCUUCUUAUGUCUUCCCUGCACUUCCCUUUCCCUAUUCUCCCUUCCCUUUCCUUCCCUUCUUUUGUCCUCCCUGCACUUCCUCCCUGCACUUCCUCCCUGCACUUCCCUUCCCCUCUUCUCCCUUCCCUUUCCUUCCCUUCAUUUGUCCUCCCUGCACUUCCCUUCCCCUCUUCUUUUUUCUCCCUUCCUCCCCUUUUUUCACCAUGCCUCCCCUUUUUUCUCCCUGCCUCCCUUUUUUUCUCCGGCAAAGCCGUGUCUUCACAAGUUUGGUGGCGCAGGGUGCAGCAGCGACGCAAGAGCACACAUGAGGCACUAA